AUGGCGAAAACAGUGCGUGCACCCAAGCCCACGCCUAAUCAUCCCAAGACAUCUGGGAAGUCUCCACGUUUUCCCGUUCCUCCCGCGGGUGCCGCACGUCACCAGAUCGUCAAGCAGAAGAAGCCCACGUGCAUCAUUACCAGCGACUCCAAAGAUGAAUCCCGCAACAGUAUUGACAGAAUCUGUUGUGGUCUCGACAACGACGCCGACAAUGACAGCGACACGACUGACAACGACAACCAGGAAGCGCAGCCUUCGCUCCCCAAACCUACGCGCGCGCCCGCCACAAAGCCCAGGGUCAGACGCCGCGCUAAGGCUGCUGUAGCUGCCGUCCGCGAGAUUCGAAACCUGCAGAAUUCAACUGAGCUCCUUUUCCGCAAGUUGCCCUUCCAGCGUCUUGUCCGUGAGAUCACGAACGACCUUUAUGAAGAACCUACCGCUUUCAGGGUGCCGCAUUGGGAGCUCUGCAGGAGGCAACAGAGAUCUACCUUGUCGCAUUGA